ACAUGCGCAGACAGGCGGCUCUGCACAGACUGCUGUGUUUAGAGGAGAACUUCGUUGACCUCAUGACCUCUGGUAUCCAUGGAUACUCGCGCCCUCUACGCCACUGCUUGUUGUCAGGCUCCGAGCAUCAGGCACUGUUCCAGAACAUCGAGAAGCUCGUGUCCAUGAGCGAGUACCAGGUGCAACAGAUUGUGCGCAACCUACCGGAUGCAGACGACGAGGACCCUGACUGCUCGUUGACCGGUGACAACGACCUCACCUUCAUUGUCGCCAUGAUCUACUUGUCAAAGGUGAGUCAAAACCAGCUAUGCCGCCAUGAAUCAAAUGUUGUAUGAUAUUUAAGACGUAGAUAUAUGUUAUACG